AGCCACCCUCCGUGCUGUUCGUCCUCCUGGUGACUUGCCCGGUCAGGGACAGGAGGGGUGCAGCUGUGUAUUGUGUGACCCCUGUAUAACACACAUGCUGCACACAAUGUGGCCUCGGUGGGCUCUUCUGAGAGGCGCUUCCAUGGGGUCUCUCCGGCGCCUCUACCACGGAGAGAAAGUGGCCACUAUCGGAUCCACUCCUGAUAACUCCCCUGUGUAUCAGGAGAGUUAUGAGAAAAUGAAAGAGCUAGUAACAGAGCUCAAGGAGAGAGCGGAGAGAAUCCGUUUGGGUGGAGGGGAGAAAGCCAGAACACUCCAUAUUUCCAGGGGGAAGCUUUUACCAAGAGAACGAAUUGACAGACUCAUAGACCCGGGAUCUGCGUUCCUGGAGUUCUCUCAGUUUGCCGGGUACCAGUUAUAUGGUAAUGAAGAAGUACCAGCAGGGGGCAUCAUCUCAGGCAUUGGCCGCAUCUCAGGGACAGAAUGCCUGAUAGUAGCUAAUGACGCCACUGUCAAAGGUGGAACGUAUUACCCCAUCACUGUGAAGAAGCACCUCAGAGCACAAGAAAUUGCAAUGGAGAAUUAUUUACCCUGUGUAUACUUAGUGGAUUCUGGAGGAGCAAAUUUGCCUCGUCAGAGCGAUGUAUUUCCAGAUAGGGAUCACUUUGGUCGCAUUUUCUAUAACCAGGCAAGGAUGUCUUCUCGGGGAAUUUCUCAGAUUGCUGUUGUGAUGGGUUCUUGCACUGCUGGGGGAGCGUACAUCCCAUCCAUAGCUGACGAGAGUAUCAUUGUUAAGAAACAAGGAACCAUCUUCCUGGGAGGGCCUCCGCUGGUGAAGGCGGCCACCGGAGAAGAAGUGUCAGCGGAAGAGUUGGGUGGAGCAGAUUUGCACUGCAGGAAGUCUGGUGUAACCGAUCACUAUGCUUUAGACGACAGUCAUGCACUCCAUCUAGCUCGGAAAGCCGUGAGAAACUUAAACUACAAGAAGAAAUUAGAUGUGACUAUAGAAGAGCCUGAGGAUCCUCUUUUUCCCGCUGAUGAAUUAUAUGGAAUAGUUGGUGCCAACUUAAAAAAAUCAUUUGAUGUCCGAGAAGUUAUUGCUCGGAUUGUUGAUGGAAGCAAGUUUGAUGAAUUCAGAGCAUUAUAUGGAGAUACGUUAGUAACAGGAUUUUCACGAAUAUUUGGGAUUCCUGUAGGAAUAAUUGGGAACAAUGGUGUUCUUUUCUCAGAAUCUGCAAAAAAGGGGACUCAUUUUAUUCAGCUGUGUUGUCAAAGGAAUAUUCCUCUACUUUUCUUGCAAAAUAUUACAGGCUUUAUGGUUGGCAGAGAAUAUGAAGCAGGAGGAAUAGCAAAGGAUGGAGCAAAGAUGGUGACGGCAGUGGCGUGUGCCAAUGUGCCCAAAAUUACCGUGAUCAUUGGAGGGUCUUAUGGGGCUGGGAAUUAUGGAAUGUGCGGGAGACCCUACAGCCCACGUUUCCUUUACAUGUGGCCUAAUGCUCGAAUCUCGGUGAUGGGUGGUGAACAAGCAGCUACAGUGUUGGCAACAAUAGCCAAAGACCAAAGAGCAAGAGAAGGAAAGCAGUUCACUGAAAAAGAAGAAGCUGCGUUGAAGGAGCCAAUAAUAAAACGAUUUGAAGAAGAAGGAAAUCCGUACUAUGCCAGCGCAAGGUUGUGGGAUGAUGGAAUCAUUGAUCCAGCGGAUACGAGAAUGGUUAUAGGAUUAAGUCUUAGCGCAGCGUUAAAUGCUCCAUCAGAGAAGACACAAUUUGGGGUAUUUCGAAUGUGAUCCUUUCUGAUAACUGGAAUCACAUGGACUAAGAAUGGCACCAAGAUUUCGUUAUGUAAAAUAAAAAAAAUUUUAUACAACAUUUUCAAUUUAUUCCCACUUUUUUUUGUUUUUACUAUUUUAAAUAUUACAACAGGACAU